AUGAUUUGCAUGACCCCCACGCUGGCCAUGGGGGACGAGUUACUUGUGGCAAUCAUCUGCAUGGCCAUUUACGAGAUGGUCGCUUGGACCCAGCCGAGCAGUUGGCUACAUCAUUACAGAGGUCUGGCGCAGCUGACCUCUUUACGAGGCCCUCGGCGCCAUCAGUCUGGUGUGGCACUGGUCCUUUUGCCAACGCUUAGAUCGUGCAUUGUGAGUGUCCAGCCUUGA